AUUCCUUAACCAAGAAGUAUACUUUCCUCACUCCUCAGCAAUAAUUUUCGAUAUAUACAAAUGCAUUAAAAUCCACUUUACAUACGCGUUAAAGUGUCGGUAAAACGGUUCCUAAUUAAAGACCCGCGUUCUUCUCGUAUCUACCACGAUCAAACUCUUGCUUACAUAAACGGCUAUAAAUAGAUUUGAUCGCACACCCUCCAAUUCAGCGAUAAGCUUCACAUAAACUGUGGAAACCUCAACCGACUGAUUAUUUUAGAUAGCUUGGAUUUUAGGUUAUAUUUAAACAUGAGUAUGUAUCCGAAAAUUGAGAUAGAUGAUACAUAUGAACAUGUUGUCAAGGAAGAGCUUCAUUUGGAAACUGAGAACAAGAUAAAAGGAACAGAUGAAGGAAAGGCAGAGAAGAUUACAGAAGAGUUGGAUUUGAAGACCAAAUCUGUUGAGAAAGAGAAGCCAAAACAUAAGGAAGUUAAUGAUGACAACUGCAAGGUGGAAGAUGACAAGAAAUCUGAUGUGGAUGGGGAUAAGAAAAAGGAGGUAAAAGAAAAGAAAAAAGGAGACAAAAAGAAGGAGUCUGAUGAGGAUGAUAAGAAUGUGAAAGAGAAGAAGAAGAAGAAAGACAAGAAGGAAAAGAAGAAAGAUGAUGAUGAAGUAUCAGAGGAAGGGGAAAAAGAGACAGAAAAGAAGAAGAAAGACAAGAAGAAGGAAAAGAAGAAAGAUGAUGAUGGAGUAUCAGAGGAAGGAGAAAAAGAGACAGAAAAGAAGAAGAAAGACAAGAAGAAGGGAAAGAAGAAAGAUGAUGAUGAUGUAGUAUCAGAGGAAGAGGAAAAAGAGACAGAGAAGAAGAAGAAAGAUAAGGAUGCCAAAUCUGAUGAUAAUGAGCAUGAAGCGGAGAAAAAGAAGAAGAAAGGAAAGAGCGAUGAUGAAGGAAAGAAGAAGAAGAAAGACAAGAAAGAGAAGAAAGAUAAAGAUAAAGAAGUAAAAGAAGAUGAUGAAGACAAGAAGAAGGAUGAUGAAGGAGACUCAGAAGAAGGGGAUAAAAAGAAGAAAAAAGAGAAGAAGGACAAGAAAGAGAAGAAAAGUAAAGAUGAAGGGGUGGAAGAAGAUGAUGAAAAGAAGAAAAAAGAUAAGAAGAAGCACAAAGAUAAGAAGGGUGAUAAAACAUGCAGUGAUACUGAAGUUGCAUCAAGGGAGAUUGAAAUAAAUGGAAAUGGUGAAGAAGUAAAGGGGGAGAAAAAGGGUAAAGAGAAGAAAGAUAAGGGAGAAAAAUAUAAAAUCAAGGAUCUUAGCAAGCUGAAAAGUAAAUUAGAGAAGUUGAAUACUAAAAUUGAAGCUCUACUAGAGAAAAAAGUAGAAAUAAUGAGGCUCAUAAAGGAAAAGGAGGGAAAUAAUGGAUCAGUUAAUGCAGUUACAGCAGAAGUGGCAUAAUAGAAGGCUGUUUGUGUACUUGGUAGUUGAGUAUUACUAAUUUCUCUAAUGUUUUUUGGUAAAUUACAUACAUGUUCUAAUGUAUAAAUGCUUUUCAUCAUGAAUAAAUAAAUUGAUUUCGGUGUAAA